GGAAACGUCACCAGCGCACUUUGAGUAACUUUGUUGCAGCCCAUUCCAAACUACACUAUCAACUCAUAGUCUCGAUUAAUAAAUUGUAAUAAUCUUACACUUGUGUUGUUACAGACCGCUUUAAAUUAAUUACCUCAUUAAACGUUCUCUAGGGAUCACUGCACCUAACAUUUCACCACCACAAAAAUUACGUUAAAGCUAGAGAAAAACAUACUAGAGGUGAUAUGACUGAAUUGGCUGACAAAAAAUGUGAUGAAACACAAUUAAGCGAGAGGUCAGGUAUUUUUCAGCCUUUGGAUUAUUCGUUUCUGAAUAUAAAAAACGUAUCAGAUUUAACUGUGUGUUGUCCGAGAAUAAUACCUAGUAGCAAUUCGGUCAUUAAAAAGGAUAUAAAUGAAAAAUGGGUUACUCGGACUCUGAAAAUAAAUAACAACCAAAUAGAGGACAUUUCUACACUACCUGUUGUGGUUCAUGAGCUUUUCGGAGAUACGUCCAGCUUAACGUGGUUAGAUAUAUCUUGUAACAACAUACCCAGUAUUCCAAAUGUAAAUUGUAGUUUGUUUUCACUUUCAAUUUUAGCUCAGUCUUUUAGUAGUCUUAAACACCUGAAAAUCAUCUAUAUGCAUGGAAAUAAAAUAGCGACACUUCAGGAAGUGAUAAAACUCAGACAGUUACCGAAGCUCACGAAACUUACGUUACAUGGGAACCCCAUUGAGAAGGAGAAGGUAAUGCCUUAUAUCAGUUCACUGAAACAGCUACUGUUGACCAUGCUGUUCCGUUUUUUAGAAGAACAUACGUCCCAACUCUCAUUGCGACAUCAUCAAGCCAAUUAUGUGGCUUUUGGCCAAGUAUCAUGAUACAUCUUCUAUGCUAAAAAUAGCCUCUUAUAAACACCUAAGGGCUCGAAACAAGCCCUUGAAUUUCGUAGUACAAAUUCUUGUUGUGAGUGGUUUACAUAAGUGUGAAAUGAGGGAACUAAAAAAUACAGUAAUUUGAGAGGGGCUGUGCUUUCCCUACUCUUGAGAAAUAGAGUAAGCAGGCUUAUCUUGAGGAAAAUCACAACAGACUUGUUACAAUGUGGAGAUAACUCCUUUUGGCAUCAUAUAUACUGUGACGACGAUCAUGGUCAAAAGAAUCGUUCACUAAAACACACGCACGAUACAAACACUAAAAAUUGACAUUGCAGUUUGAGGAUUACAUGAUAGUAGAUAUGGACAUAGACUUCCUAAAAGUAUAAGAGGAAGAACAAACUAAAUUUCCUUCGCAUGUUUGUGAUGUGAUAUACGACUUGGAAAUUAUUAUUAAUAAAAUGGCAGCAUUUUUUAUGAUCGGAGCAUCAUGUUUGCAGUGGUGAAGAAACCUUUAUUGGAAUCCGAUAAACCUUAGGAUUGUCAACAUCUUACAUGGGUUACUUUCAUACGGUUCUCUCAAUAUUACCAAACCUAGUAACUCUUGAUUUUACUGGAAUCUCGCAGGCGGACAAACAGACUGCCGCACUGAUCAGACGUCCUGGUCAGAACAAACAUUGAAAGGGGGAUCUCUCCACAUCGUCAG